GGGGGAUUGGGAGAGCACAUCGCACCACCACACACUACAUCAGACUAUCCCGAGGACAAGGACGCUGAAGCCUUUAGUUCGGUGCAACUUUGACAGGAACCAACACACACACACACAAUCUCUCUCUCUCUCUGUGCCUUUUUUAUCUGGUGGAUUACCCAGCAAAGACGUUAGAACUGACCACUCUCACCCUGCGUGCUCUGAUCUUUCUUGGGAAACGCCCCCAAGCUCCUUCAACAACCAACCAACAGCGAACUCAUCCAACCUUUAAACUCGUCGCCGAAAGCAUUGAUUCUCCGUAACCUAAACAUGUCUCCUGAUUCUAGUCCGAAGCAGAACAUCGUCUUCUUGACGGGGCCGACGGGGACCGGCAAGACCACCAUAGCAAAACACCUCACCGAAUCUCUUCACAUGACCUUCAUCGAGGGCGACGACUACCACCCCAAAGAAAACGUCGAAAAGAUGCACCGCGGCGAGGCCCUCACCGACGACGACCGCUGGGGCUGGCUCGACGCCCUCCGCGAUAAGUCCCUCCGCGAGCUGGAACGCAACAGCGAAGGCGGCGGCGAUGGCGUCGUCGUCACAUGCUCCGCACUCAAGCGGGCCUACCGCGACGUCUUGCGCGGCGCCUCCCACCCGGAGAGGGACAUCUUCGUCCACUUCGUCACCCUGCACGCCCCCGAGCCCGUGCUCCUCGACCGUGUCAGGCACAGGCACGGCCACUUCGCCGGCGCCAACCUCGUGCACAGCCAGUUCCAGAGCCUCGACCCGCCCCAAGCGGACGAGCCGGACGUUGUCGCCGUCGACGUGCGGCCCUCAGUAGAGGAGGUCAAGAGGGACGCGUUGGCAAAGCUCAAGGAGUUGCUGAGUAGGUAGUUGGUUGUUGACGGGAGAGAGUGUGGUGAGCGAAACGAGGAGGCGGCUAAAUGCAUUUUGUUCGGUAUUAGAGUUGGCUCAUGCAAUGCAUGCAGCAUGAAGAAUGAACUUCACCUCAAUGGCGAUGACACCAAGCGCAAUUCAAUCAAAAAGAAUUAAGUUUCAAUAAGAGAAGGAUGACCCCUACAAUGACUACAUCUUAUUUCCCC